UUAAAUAGCAAAUAUGAAGAAUAAACAAUUUUCAAUUGUAUUAUUCACUUUGAUUGCAUUGAUUUUAAUAGAUAAAACUCAAGUGAUUGUGUCGAAGCCAAAGCCAUUUAUGCCAUCAUUAGCUGCGGCCGCCGGUAUGGCUGCCGUUGGUGCCGGUAGUGUGGCUGCUUAUAAACAUAUAACAAAUGUUAAACAAUAUAAGCAACAAUUGACAAAAUUGCAACUAAUAUAUGGACAACAAUUCAAUGGCACACUUGCCAAUGGCACAGUCAUCCUAAAAAAUCCGGCAUUGUUUAAGUUACCCAAUAAAAAACUUAAAGUUUUGACUACAACUACUAAAACAACAGUUAAAACAACAGUUAAAACAACAGAUAAAACAACAGUUAAAACAACAGUUAAAACAACAAUUAAACCAAAGUCUACCACUACUACUACCAGAAUAUCUUCAACUAAACGAAAGUAAUAUAUUUUACAACAACAAAAAAAAUACAAUUUCAUAAUUAUUAUAGCAUUUAAUUGUAAUUUAUUAUAUAUAU